AUGGAAAUCCAAGCAAUUACUAACAACUCUCCAGUCCACAAACAGGUGUUCCUGGGCCAUGCCAAUGGCUCCUCCGACGGCGACGCUGUGACGAUCUCGUAUCCUGCAACCGAGGUUGUGGGCCACGGCUCGUUCGGCGUCGUGUUCACUACCCAGAUCCACGAAACUGGCGACCGUGUCGCCAUCAAAAAAGUGCUUCAAGACCGUCGCUUCAAAAAUCGCGAGUUGGAGAUCAUGAAACAGCUCACGCAUCCACAGGUGGUCGAUCUCAAAUACUACUUUUACGAAACGGACCCACAAGGCGAGGUGUACCUCAACCUGAUCCUCGAAUACAUGCCGCAAUCGCUGUACCAGCGAUUGCGUCACUUUGUCACGCAACGUUCUAACAUGCCCCGCAUCGAAAUUAAGCUCUACGCGUACCAGCUGGUCAAAUGUCUCAACUACUUGCAUACACACGCCAAAGUGUGCCACAGAGACAUCAAGCCGCAAAAUCUGCUGGUGGACCCAGAAACCUACGCUUUGAAAUUGUGCGAUUUUGGCAGCGCCAAGCAGCUCAAACCGUCCGAGCCCAACGUCUCCUACAUAUGCUCGCGCUACUACAGGGCCCCAGAACUGAUUUUCGGUGCAACCAACUACACGGUGCAAAUCGAUAUUUGGUCCAGUGGAUGCGUGAUGGCUGAGCUGAUCCUAGGCCAGCCCAUGUUCCCUGGCGAAAGCGGCAUAGACCAGCUUGUCGAGAUCAUCAAAAUUCUGGGUACGCCCACAAAACAAGAAAUAUGUGCCAUGAACCCCAACUAUAUGGAGCACAAGUUUCCACAGAUACGGCCUAUCCCGCUGGCCAAGGUUUUCAAGCGGGAGGACGACCAAACGAUCCAGUUUUUGUCGGAUGUGCUACGAUACGACCCCACCGAGCGGUUCACCGCGCUACAGUGUUUGUGCUCGCCCUACUUCGACGAGCUACGCCAGGCCAAAGAUCACGACUCGGAGCUUGCCGAAGCCGUGCAGAAGCUAAAUUUGCUGGACUUUAGCGACCAGCUCGAAUUCGACUCGCUCUCCUUGGAAGAAUCGCAAGCAGUGAGACACCGUCUCCAGCUAUAA